UUUGCAGUGAAAUAGUUCUGGCUAGCUUACUUUUCUACAGCUAAAAAGCAUUAUUUAUCGUGCAAAUAAAAGUUUUCUGCACGAUGGCCGAGCUGCUGAUUGAUCCCAACAUUCGCGGUUGGGUGUUUUUGCCCAUUGUUGUAAUCACCUUCCUGGUCGGUAUCAUCCGGCAUUACUUUUCCAUUCUGAUAUCGUCUCAGAAAAAGGCGGAACUUACCCAAAUCCAGGACAGUCAGGCAAUGAUCCGGGCACGGCUACUGCGAGAGAAUGGCAAAUAUCUAGCCCAGCAAUCGUUUGCCAUGCGUCGACACUACUUCAACAAUGAAGAUACGGGCUACUUCAAGACACAGAAACGGGCACCACCGAGCCCAAACUCGACCGCGAUGCUGUCGGAUCUGGUGAAGGGAAACUUCAUCAACGUGUUGCCAAUGAUCGUGAUCGGUGGAUGGAUUAACUGGAUGUUUUCCGGGUUCGUCACCACGAAGGUUCCAUUCCCACUAACGCUGCGCUUCAAACCGAUGCUGCAACGAGGCAUCGAGCUUGCCUCUCUCGAUGCUGCCUGGGUAUCGUCCGCCUCGUGGUACUUUCUGAAUGUGUUCGGCCUGCGGAGCAUCUACACACUAGUGCUUGGUGAAAACAAUGCGGCUGAUCAAACGCAAUCGAUGCAGGAUCAGAUGUCCGGCGCUGCCGUCGCUAUGCCACAAGACCCAAAGGCUGCUUUCAAAGCGGAAUGGGAAGCGCUACAGAUCACUGAAUAUCAGAAUGUGUUAGCCAAUAUAGAAAAUGAACUGCUAACCAGUGUAUCGGGUGAUCAAUCGAACCAAACUGCACAGCUCGAGGAUGGAACUGCACUUCGGAAUUGAUGUGUCCAGCAAGGAAGAUUUGUAGCAAAUACAAGAUAGUCAAGCUUGUUUGUUUUAGAUCACAUUUUCCUUAUAAAAAAAAUACAACACAUUCAUGAGGGCAAAAUACUCGUUCUGGACGAGAAAGUUAACCAUAGUGCGUGAUGCGUAAAGCGUAAUGAGUUGGUAGUUAAAUGAAUUAUUUAAAUCAUCUUUAAAUACUACUUGUAUCCUGUAGAAGCUGCUUCGUGUUAACCGUAGAGUUGUCAACCAAAUUUACCCACGUAAGUUGGCAACCGGCAUACCCGGCAUAACGGUUUUCGUAGCUAAACAAUGCUUUCUAUCUAUUUACAUUCUUGCAAAUCAUUGUAAAUCGGAAUGUUAAAUGAAUAUAGAACUAUAA